CUCCUUUGAUUUGUUGACAGGUUGACUCCUGCUGUAUUGUGCUAAGGAUAAGCAGAUUGACAUCCACCCUUUUUGAUAGCAAGAUCCAUCUCUGAUGAUAAUCUGCUUCCACCGCUGCCGCGGCUUCCGCCAAUACUGAAUGGAGAGGACCGGUACGGUCAUCAAUUGUUUUGACCUUUCCGCUAUGUUGCGGCUUUUGGCCUGGACAUCCACCGUUUCACGGCUUCUGACUGUUGCCCCCGCCGCAGUUUUUAGCGACUUGACGGGCUGGUCGUCCACCGCUCUGCGGCUUUUGACUGUUGCCCCCGCCGCAGUUUUUAGCGACUUCGCGGGCUGA